CCAAAAUUGGGCGGUGGGCUAAACCCAAGAAACCUGUUGAAAGUAAUCAAAGAAAUAGUAAUAGGGUAUUGGAAAAAGGUGGUGGCAGAGCGAUGGUUAAAUGCCAUAGCCUGCGUGGCGCCGUCGCAGUCCCCUUACCACUCUCGCUUGUGCGGCUAUAAAUUAAACAAAUGCGCUCUCUCGCUUUCCCCUGUAUCCGCCACCUCAAUUUACUCACUCCAACCCCAAAACACCACCACCCCUCUCCUCUCUGUCCAAGGCCACCAUCAAUCAACAAUGGAGAAAAGAAUUCUCGAUUACACCUUGGUUCCACUGGGGCUUGCUAUAAUGGUUGCAUACCACAUAUGGCUUUUCUAUCGGAUCAUGAACCACCCUUCCAAGACUGUUAUAGGCGUCAACACCAUCAACCGCCGCUUCUGGGUUCAAGCUAUGAUGGAGGACUCCGCCAAGAAUGGGGUUCUCGCAGUGCAGACACUGAGAAACAAUAUAAUGGCAUCAACUCUCUUGGCUUCCACGGCCAUCAUGCUCAGCUCUCUUAUUGCGGUGCUCAUGACCGGCGUCACCAGAGCAGAUGGUCGAUCUUGGAUUUUCGAGUAUGGAGAUACCAGCGAGCUAGGUUUAUCAAUAAAGUUCUUCUCUAUAUUGGUGUGUUUCUUGGUGGCUUUCUUGCUGAACGUGCAAUCCAUCAGGUACUAUAGCCAUGCAAGCAUUCUCAUUAACGUUCCAUUCAAGCAUAUGUUGCCUGAUCGCAACCACCACCAUCUGACGGCGGAGUAUGUGGCGAGGUCCGUCAACAGGGGUUGCUAUUUUUGGUCGCUAGGAUUACGUGCGUUCUACUUCUCUUUCCCCCUUUUUUUGUGGAUCUUUGGGCCGAUUCCUAUGUUUAUGUGCUGUGUUGUCCUGGUUUUCAUGCUCUAUUUUCUGGAUGUCACCUUUGAAUGUAGCUGGGCUGUUUAUGACCACAGAGAUCAGGAAAUUGAGACCCAAAAUCAAAUUUGAUUUUUAUGGAAUUUAGAAAUUAGGGUUUACAAAAGGGUGCAUUUUGCAAUUAAUAUUCAAUCCAAAAGUUGAAUCCAAUUAAAUUGCAAUGCACAUAUAUUUUAGUGUUUUGCUUAUAUGUCCUCAACUAAUGUAAUAUUUGAAUUUUGUACACUGUACAAUUUACUUAUUUGUAACUUUUUCCUGUAAUCUAAAUUAACCCAAAACUUCAAUUAAUAA